AAGCUUUCAAAAACUUACAACAUAUAAAAUUGGCAAAGAAAAGUGAAAGACUGAAAAAUUGCAAAUCAACUAAUCAACAACAAAUUCAUAAAAUCAUCAAAAUUCACAUUCAACAAUCAAUGCAAGUCAUUCAAGUCUAAGUCAAGUCGAAAUCUUCAGUGAAUCAUCAAUUUUGAAACAAGCAAUGCAUAAAUUUUGGAUACAAAUUCUAUACAAAUCAAGAAAUACUCUCACAAGACAAUUUUCGUGCAUGCAUGGUGGUAAAGUAUGUCCCUGUCGCGAAACGAAGCCAAUCGUUGGAAAUCCCAUCGAAACUACAAAACCUCUGCGUUGGGGCAUGGCGCCGGUGAGUUUGAUAGCCGAUGAUUUUGUAACCGCGCUGAAAGUGCUGCCAUACCAGCAUCACGUAGUCACCGCUUGCACAUCCAACUAUGAAUCGGUGGCACAAGCAUUCGCCGCCAAGCACAAUAUACCACACAUUUUCAAUAGCUUUCAAGAUUUGGCGCGCAGCGCUAAUGUUGAUGUUGUCUACAUCUCGUCUUUGAAUCCCUUCCAUCUGGAGAUCUGUCGCAUGAUGUUGAACCAUGGCAAGCAUGUGCUCUGCGAGAAGCCGCUUUGCAUGAAUGAAGACCAAACGCUGCAGCUGAUUGGACACUCGCACAGCAAAGGUUGCUUCCUCAUGGAGGGUAUUUGGUCGCGUUGUGUGCCCGCCUAUCAAUACAUACGCAAACAGAUUGAGGCGGACGCUUUGGGUGAUGUGUUCAAUGUGAAGUGUACACUGGGCUUGCCCAUGCAGAAAGUUGGACGUGUAAUGCGUCGCAGUUUAGGCGGUGGUGUAACCCUAGAACUGGGCGUCUAUGCGCUGCAGUUCGCAAUGUGGAUAUACGGUUAUGCGCCGUCCAACGUCACUGCCAAUGGUAAACUCAAUGAGGAUGGUGUCGAUGAGGAAGCGAAUAUAUGCCUGCAAUUUGGCCCAGAACGUGUGGCGGAGAUUAUGUUGAGUAGUACGAAACGUUUUGACAAUAAGGCUGUGAUAGAAGGCUCGAAAGGCUGUAUAACUGUGCCGGACUAUUGGUGUCCGGUGAAGAUUUUGGACGUUAACGGCAUGGAAAAAACCUUUCCGCUGCCGCGAAGUGGUCUGUCUACGUACUUUCCCAAUCGUUUGGCGUUAAGUUUCGAAGCAGAAGAGGUGCGUCGUUGCAUAUCGGAGCGCAAAUUCCAAAGUGAUUUAAUCACGCAUAAAGAAAGCUUGGAACUGUCAUAUAUUGAGGAUCAAAUACGUCGACAAUUGUGCGUCAUUUAUACAGAGGACGAAACGGCAAAUUUCUUUAAAUAGUUGGCAAAAAAACGUAAAAUUUAACUCGAGAGUCUAUUAAAACAACAAAUUGUGUGUUUAACAA